AUGUCUCACUCGUCCUUAUCUUGGUUAGCCAACUUGAAUGUUGAACAAACUCCUCACAAAUAUUUGAGGAGAUCAUCAAUUAUUGGUACUAUUGGUCCUAAAACAAACAGUGUUGAAGCUUUGACCAAAUUGAGAAAAGCUGGUUUAAACAUUGCCAGAAUGAACUUUUCUCAUGGUUCAUAUGAAUACCACCAAUCUGUUAUCGACAAUUGUAUCAAAUCGGAGGAAGUAUAUAAAGGAAGACCAUUGGCUAUUGCUUUGGAUACCAAAGGUCCAGAAAUUAGAACUGGUACUACUAUUGAUGACAAAGAUUACCCAAUUCCACCAGGACACGAUAUGAUUUUCACCACUGAUGACGCUUACAAAUUAAAAUCAAAUGAUGAGAUUAUGUACAUUGACUACAAAAACAUUACCAAGGUCAUCUCCCCAGGUAAGAUUAUCUACGUCGAUGACGGUGUUUUAUCGUUUGAGGUCUUGGAAGUUGCUGAUGACCAAACCUUAAAGGUUAGAUCCAUCAAUGCCGGUAAGAUUUGCUCACAUAAGGGUGUCAACUUACCAGGUACCGACGUUGAUUUACCAGCUUUGUCUGAAAAGGAUAUCUCUGAUAUUCAAUUUGGUAUUAAAAACAAAGUGCACAUGAUUUUUGCCUCGUUCAUUAGAUCAGGUGAUGAUAUUAGACAUAUCAGAAGAGUUCUUGGUGAAGAAGGUAAAGAUAUUCAAAUUAUUGCUAAGAUUGAAAAUCAACAAGGUGUCAACAAUUUUGAUGACAUUUUAGAAGCAACUGAUGGUGUCAUGGUUGCUAGAGGUGAUUUGGGUAUUGAAAUUCCAGCUCCACAAGUGUUUGUUGUUCAAAAACAAUUAAUCGCUAAAUGUAACCUUGCUGCUAAGCCAGUCAUUUGUGCUACUCAAAUGUUGGAAUCGAUGACUUACAAUCCAAGACCUACCAGAGCCGAAGUUUCAGAUGUCGGUAAUGCUAUCUUGGAUGGUGCUGAUUGUGUCAUGUUGUCAGGUGAAACUGCCAAAGGUAACUACCCAUAUGAAGCUGUGUCAAUGAUGCACAACACAUGUCUUAUUGCCGAAAAAGCCAUUGCUUACCCACAAUUGUUUAACGAAUUGAGAGCCUUGGCUAAGAAGCCAACUCCAACUACUGAAACUUGUGCAGUUGCCGCUGUUUCAGCUGCUUACGAACAAGAUGCUAAAGCUGUUGUUGUCUUGUCCACUUCUGGUCUUUCAGCUAGAUUGGUCUCCAAGUACAAGCCAGAUGUCCCAAUUUUGAUGGUUACCAGAAACGAAAGAAGUGCCAAAUACUCCCACUUGUAUAGGGGUGUUUAUCCAUUCGUGUAUCAAAAAGAGAAAGCUGCUAACUGGCAAGAAGAUGUCGAAAACAGAUUGAGAUGGGCCGUUUCAGAAGCUAUUGACUUGGGUAUCAUUUCCAAGGGUGACUCAAUUGUUACUGUCCAAGGAUGGACCAAGGGAUCUGGUCACUCCAACACUGUUAGAAUUGUCCAAGCUUAA